GGAACGGCAGACGCCGAGGGCCGGUGGCGGCGGCUGCCCCGAGGGACGCGGCCCUAGGCGGUGGCGAUGGGGGCCGCUCGGAUCGCGCCCGGCCUGGCGCUCCUGCUAUGCUGCCCGGUGCUCAGCUCCGCGUACGCGCUGGUGGAUGCGGAUGACGUCAUGACCAAAGAGGAGCAGAUCUUCCUGCUGCACCGAGCCCAGGCCCAGUGCGAGAAGCGGCUCAAGGAAAUCCAGCGGAGGCCAGCCAACAUAAUGGAGUCAGACAAAGAAUGGACAUCUGCAUCCACCUCAGGGAAGCCCAGGAAAGACAAGGGGAAGCUCUACCCAGAGUCGGAGGAGGACAAGGAGGCACCCACUGACAGUAGACACCAAGGUCACCCCUGCCUGCCUGAGUGGGACCACAUCCUCUGCUGGCCUCUGGGGGCACCAGGUGAGGUGGUGGCCAUGCCCUGUCCUGACUACAUUUAUGACUUCAAUCACAAAGGUCAUGCCUACCGUCGCUGUGACCAAAAUGGCAGCUGGGAGCUGGUACCUGGGCACAACAGAACAUGGGCUAACUACAGCGAAUGUGUCAAGUUCCUGACCAAUGAGACUCGUGAGCGGGAGGUGUUUGACCGCUUGGGCAUGAUCUACACUGUGGGCUACUCCGUGUCGCUGGCCUCCCUCACUGUGGCGGUGCUCAUCCUGGCCUACUUUAGGAGGCUACACUGCACACGUAACUACAUCCACAUGCACCUGUUCCUGUCCUUCAUGCUGCGCGCAGUGAGCAUCUUCGUCAAGGAUGCGGUGCUCUACUCUGGCACCAUGCUCGAUGAGGCAGAGCGCCUCACGGCAGAAGAGCUGCGUGCCAUCGCCCAGGCCCCAGCACCCCCUGCCACUGCUGCCGGCUCUGUGGGCUGCCGGGUGGCCGUGACCUUCUUCCUUUACUUCCUGGCCACCAACUACUACUGGAUUCUGGUGGAAGGGCUGUACCUGCACAGUCUCAUCUUCAUGGCCUUCUUCUCAGAGAAGAAGUACCUAUGGGGCUUCACAGUCUUCGGCUGGGGUCUGCCCGCCAUCUUCGUGGCUGUGUGGGUCGGUGUGAGAGCCACCCUGGCCAAUACCGGGUGCUGGGACUUGAGCUCCGGGAACAAGAAAUGGAUCAUCCAGGUGCCCAUCCUGGCCUCCAUAGUGCUCAACUUUAUCCUCUUCAUCAACAUCGUCCGGGUGCUCGCCACCAAGCUUCGGGAGACCAAUGCAGGCCGGUGUGACACGCGGCAGCAGUACCGGAAGCUGCUCAAAUCCACGCUGGUGCUUAUGCCGCUCUUUGGUGUCCACUACAUUGUCUUCAUGGCCACGCCAUACACUGAGGUCUCAGGGACACUCUGGCAAAUCCAGAUGCACUACGAGAUGCUCUUCAACUCCUUCCAGGGAUUUUUUGUUGCCAUCAUAUACUGUUUCUGCAAUGGUGAGGUACAGGCUGAGAUCAAGAAGUCUUGGAGCCGAUGGACACUGGCACUGGACUUCAAGCGCAAGGCACGCAGUGGGAGCAGCAGCUACAGCUAUGGCCCAAUGGUGUCACACACAAGUGUGACCAAUGUAGGACCCCGCACGGGACUCGGCCUGCCCCUCAGCCCCCGCCUUCUACCUGCUGCCACCACCAAUGGCCACCCCCAGCUGCCCAGCCAUACUAAGCCUGGGGCCCCGGCCUUGGAGACCACAUCACCUGCCAUGGCUGCUCCCAAGGACAAUGGGUUCCUCAACGGCUCCUGCUCAGGACUGGAUGAGGAGGCCUCCGGACCUGAGCGACCCCCUGCCCUGUUGCAGGAAGAAUGGGAGACAGUCAUGUGACACAGGGCUUGGGGGUUGGACCUGCAGAUACAUGGGCAGAUGGACAGAUGGACCAAAAGAUGGGUGGUUGGACAGUUGCCCACUCAGGGCUUGGGGCUAGGAGGAAAAAGUGGGGAGGAAGAAAAAAAAAAAAAAAAAAAAAAGCAAAAGGAA